ACUCCCAAGAUGGCGCCGGCCUCGGUGGGUUUGGCGGCUGGCGCUGAGGAAGGAGGCGGAGGCAGUGGCGACCGCGCUGGGAGGGGGAGUCCCGUCUGACUGAGACGGCAGGGCGGAGCGCCGGGCCGGGGGAUGAGCUAAGCGGGCUGCAAGCGUCGCGGCAUUCAGCCCCCUCGUGUCCCGCCCGCCGCGCGUGAAAGGAUCGGACCCCGCGCUUCGGGCUCUGGCCGGCGCUGGCGCGGGGGCCGGCGGGGAGUAUUUCUCAAUCCGGAGGCCUGAAGAAUUCACAUGUUGGGAACUGCUGUUUUUCAAUAGAAACUUCGGUAAUGUAGGCAGUCUUGGUAGCACAUGCUUAACUACUUUGACCUAAUGGAGUGAGGCAAGAAAUGAAAAGCAUCUGGAUUGGCCAGAGAUUGAAAGGGAGAAAAACAAACCAAUCUCCACUAGUUGCUGAAUGGGUGUAUAAAAGAGGCCUGUAAGCAUUUCAUCUUAUUUAUAUUUUAUUGUGUGCAUCUGUACAUAUGUAGUACACACAUGCUGUGACAUGUAAAUGGAUACCAGAGGACAAUUUGUGGGAGUCAGUUCUCUCCUUCCACCCCGUGGAUCCCAGGAAUUGAACUGAGAUGUAAACUUAGUGAUGGAAGAUGAUUGAAGACAAGGGGCCUCGUGUUGCUGACUACUUUGUUGUAGCAGGCUUAACUGAUGUCUCAAAGCCUCUUGAAGAGGAAAUUCAUUUCAAUGAUGCCUGUCACAAAGUGGCUAAACCGAAAGAACCCAUCACAGACGUUUCUGUUAUCAUCAAAUCCCUUGGGGAGGAGGUGCCACGGGAUUACACGUGUAUUGACGUUACUCCAACUGGAUUGUCAGCAGAUCUCAAUAAUGGAAGUCUUGUGGGACCCCAGAUUUACCUUUGCUAUAAGAGAGGGAGAGAUAAACCUCCACUUACAGAUCUGGGGGUAUUAUAUGACUGGAAAGAAAGAUUAAAACAGGGCUGUGAGAUUAUUCAGAAUACUCCCUAUGGACGACCUGCCAAUAUUAGUGGCAGUACCUCAUCACAAAGAAUCUACAUCACUUACCGAAGAGCCUCUGAAAACAUGACUCAGAACACCCUGGCUGUCACAGACAUAUGCAUUAUUAUACCCAGUAAAGGAGAAAGUCCACCACACACAUACUGCAAGGUUGACAAGAAUCUCAACAAUAGUAUGUGGGGCUCUGCAGUGUACUUAUGCUAUAAAAAAUCAGUGGCAAAGACUAACACUAUAUCUUACAAAGCUGGUCUAAUUUGCAGAUAUCCUCAAGAAGAUUACGAGUCAUUUUCACUACCAGAAUCUGUUCCCCUGUUUUGUUUACCAAUGGGUGCAACUAUUGAAUGCUGGCCACCAAAUAGCAAAUACCCUCUUCCUGUGUUCUCUACAUUUGUGUUGACUGGAGCCUCAGCUGAAAAGGUCUAUGGUGCUGCUAUUCAGUUUUAUGAACCAUACUCUGAGGAGAGUCUUACAGAAAAACAGAGGCUUCUUUUGGGUUUAACAUCUCUGGUGGAUGGAAAGUCUGAUAGUUCUAGAACAAUUCACACUAACAAAUGCAUUUGUCUUCUUUCUCACUGGCCUUUUUUUGAUGCAUUCAGAAAGUUUCUGACUUUCCUGUAUCGUUAUUCCAUCUCUGGACCUCAUGCCCUUCCAAUUGAAAAGCAUAUUUCUCAUUUUAUGCAUAAAGUUCCUUUUCCAUCUCCUCAGAGGCCACGGAUUUUAGUUCAGUUAUCACCACAUGAUAAUUUGAUUCUCAGUCAGCCUGUUUCUUCACCUCUUCCGCUAAGUGGUGGAAAGUUUUCAACACUACUUCAGAAUCUUGGCCCUGAAAAUGCUGUGACACUACUGGUGUUUGCUGUUACAGAACAUAAAAUCCUCAUCCAUUCCCUCAGGCCUUCUGUGCUGACUAGUGUGACAGAAGCAUUAGUGUCUAUGAUUUUCCCUUUCCACUGGCCAUGCCCAUAUGUUCCUCUCUGCCCACUGGCUCUAGCAGAUGUCCUCAGUGCACCAUGUCCGUUCAUAGUCGGGAUUGACUCCAGAUACUUUGAUCUUUAUGACCCUCCACCAGAUGUCAGUUGUGUUGACCUAGAUACCAACACCAUUUCUCAAACUGGAGACAGAAAGAAUGUAGCCUGGAAGAUUCUUCCAAAGAAGCCAUGUAAAAAUCUGAUGACUACACUGAAUAAUUUGCACCAGCAAUUGGCAAAAUUGCAGCAGAGACCAAGAGAUGAUGGACUAAUGGACUUAGCAAUGAACGAUUAUGAUUUUAAUUCUGGAAAAAGGCUGCACAUGAUAGAUUUGGAAAUCCAGGAGGCAUUCUUGUUUUUCAUGGCCUCUAUUCUAAAAGGUUAUAGAUCAUACUUAAGGCCAAUAACACAAGCCCCAUCUGAGACAGCAACAGAUGCAACCUCUCUUUUUGCUCUCCAAGCUUUCUUAAGAAGCCGGGACCGAUCACAUCAAAAAUUCUAUAAUAUGAUGACCAAAACACAAAUGUUCAUUCGCUUCAUUGAGGAAUGUUCUUUUGUCAGCGAUAAAGAUGCAAGCCUGGCUUUUUUUGAUGAUUGUGUAGAUAAAGUGGAUAUGGACAAGACUGGUGAAGUUCGACUUAUAGAACUGGAUGCAUCUUUCAAAAGUGAACAUACUGUUUUUGUGACACCACCCGAGAUCCCCCACUUACCCAAUGGUGAAGAGCCCCCAUUACAGUACAGCUAUAAUGGAUUUCCAGUUCUCAGGAACAAUUUAUUUGAGAGACCUGAAGGAUUUCUCCAAGCACGAAAGAACAAGCUGCCUUCAAAACCCAGCAGUCCCAGUAGCCCUUCUCCCAUGUUCAGAAGAACAAAGCAGGAAAUCAAAUCAGCCCAUAAGAUUGCGAAGAGGUAUUCUUCUAUCCCUCAGAUGUGGUCUAGGUGUCUGCUGCGUCACUGCUAUGGAUUGUGGUUUAUUUGUCUCCCAGCUUAUGUGAAGGUUUGUCAUUCCAAAGUCAGGGCUCUGAAAACAGCAUAUGAUGUGCUUAAAAAGAUGCAGCUAAAGAAGAUGGAUCCACCUGAUGAGGUGUGCUACCGAAUUCUCAUGCAGCUCUGUGGACAGUAUGACCAGCCUGUGCUUGCAGUUCGUGUGCUUUUUGAAAUGCAGAAAGCUGGUAUUGACCCCAAUGCAAUCACUUACGGAUAUUACAAUAAGGCUGUUUUGGAAAGUACAUGGCCUUCAAGAAGUCGCAGUGGCUAUUUUCUUUGGACAAAAGUAAGAAAUGUUGUUUUAGGAGUCGCACAAUUCAAAAGAGCUUUAAAGAAACAUCCACACUUAACACAGAGAGCUCUCUCAGGUGGCCAGUCUGAUCUUGGAUAUAAUUCAUUAUCUAAGGACAGUGUUAGAAGAGAGCAUACAUCUGCUGAAGACAUUCAAGGUGAAAAAGAUAAAAAAGGGAGUGAUUCUAGUUCCUUGUCAGAGAAUGAGAGUACAAAAGGAAGUGCUGACUGCCUGCCUACUCUCAGUUACCAAAGUUCUUCAACUAUAGUUCGCCUCAGUGGUGCAAGUAACAGCAGUGCUGAUAAAAUAUCUGGAGAAUGUGGGGAAAGUACACCUGAGCUGCUCUUCAUGCCAUCUCUUGAGGAUACCAAUGAAACCAAAAACAUGCGAAGCAGAUGCUUCAGGAAAAGACAUAAAAGUGAUGAUGAAUCUCAUUUGCAGCAGCAAAUGGCCUGGGGAAAUAGGAACCGUAAUCUUAGUGGCGGGGUUCUGAUGGGAUUUAUGCUGAAUAGAAUUAACCAGGAAACAAACCCUGGGGAUAUGGUUGAAAAAUUAGGAGCUGAUGCAAAAAUUCUUUCAAAUGUUAUCUCAAAAAGCACAAGGCCAAAUAGUCUUGACAUUGGAAAGCCACCUGUAAGAUCAAAAAGAGACAGCCUAGAAAAGGAAUCUAGUGACGACGACGACACACCUUUUGAUGGUUCUAACUGCUUGGAUAAAGUGGAUUCUCCUGGUAUUUUUGACUUAGAAGAUUUAGAUACUGAAACAGAUGGAUCAAAAGUAGGAUGUGUCGCUGCACAAAAUCCCAAGAGGCUUCAACGUAUGAACAGCAGCUUUUCAGUAAAACCUUCUGAAAAAACAGAUGUUGUAACAGGAUUUGAUCCCCUCUCUCUCCUGGUUGCUGAGACUGAACAGCAGCAGAAGGUGGAAGAAGAAGAGGAUGAAGAUGAUAGCAAAAGCAUUUCAACACCAUCUGCUAGACGUAAUUUAGCUGAAGAAAUUGAGAUGUAUAUGAAUAACAUGAGCAGUCCUUUGGCAAGCCGUACACCAAGCAUGGAUUUACGAGCAUGUGAUGAUAAGUUAGCUAGUAAGAAAAGUCCAACAUUGGUCAAGGCCUGCAGGAGAUCAAGCUUGCCUCCAAAUUCUCCUAGGCCAAUGAGACUUACCAAAUCUAAAAGUUAUACCAAAAGUGAGGAGAGACCAAGGGAUAGAUUGUGGUCUUCACCAGCCUUCUCACCCACUUGUCCAUUUAGGGAAGGUUCUCAAGAAACACUAGCCCAUUCAUCACCCUCAUUUAACUUAGAUACACUGCUGGUACCUAAACUCGAUGUGCUAAGGCACAGUGUGUUCUCGGCGGGGAAAGGAGUUGCAGAGAAAGCAAGCAAAUGGUACUCAAGGUUCACCAUGUACACCACAUCAUCAAAGGAUCAAAGUUCUGAUCGUACCAGUCUUUCUUCAGUGGGAGCCCAGGAUUCUGAAUCUACCUCUUUAACAGAUGAAGAUGUCUGCCAUGAGUUGGAAGGAGCCACUUCCUCCCAAGAAAGCAGUGCCACUUCAGGGACCAAGGGAAUUGAUGUCAGCCGCACAAGCCUGGGAAGCUCUGCCUCUUUAGAAGGAUCUCUGUCAAAGUUUGCCUUACCUGGAAAGUCAGAAACUGCAUCUUCCCUCAACACCAGUAAUACAAAUAUCUUCCAGAACUAUGCAAUGGAGGUUCUCAUCUCAAGUUGUUCUCGGUGUAGAACUUGUGAUUGUCUUGUCCAUGAUGAGGAAAUCAUGGCUGGCUGGACAGCAGAUGAUUCAAAUCUCAAUACUACGUGCCCAUUUUGUGGCAAUCUUUUCUUACCCUUUCUGAAUGUUGAAAUCAGAGAUUUAAGACGACCUGGAAGAUAUUUCUUGAAGUCCAGCUCAUCUACAGAAACCAUGCACUUUGCAUCCUCCAUCUCAAAUCAAACAAGGCAGUCUUGCAUUUCAGCAUCAGCCUCUGGUCUCAACACAUCUGCUCUCUCUGUUCAAGGGAAUUAUGACCUAAAUAACAAAUCUAAACUGCAGGAAAAUGCCUGUGCUCGAAGUAUUCAGAUCCCUGCUCACAGAACAAAAACAGUUGUGUCGAAAUGUCCACUAUUCCCUAUGGCCAGGAGCAUUAGUACUUGUGGCCCCUUGGAUAAGGACGAUCCUGGAGGACAGAAGCUCAUCCCUACAGGCAGCCUGCCAGCAACUUUACAAGGAACUACAGAUUCUUUAGGGUUAGAAUGGCACCUUCCAAGUCCAGACCCUGUCACUGUCCCAUACCUUAGUCCCUUAGUGGUGUGGAAGGAACUUGAGAGCUUAUUGGAAAAUGAAGGUGACCAUGCAAUAACAGUGGCAGACUUUGUGGACCAUCAUCCAAUUGUCUUUUGGAACUUGGUGUGGUAUUUUAGACGUCUGGACUUGCCCAGUAACUUGCCUGGAUUGAUUCUUUCUUCUGAACAUUGUAACAAGUAUUCAAAGAUUCCUCGCCAUUGUAUGUCUGAAGACAGCAAAUAUGUUUUAAUACAGAUGUUAUGGGACAACAUGAAAUUACAUCAGGAUCCAGGGCAACCCCUGUACAUCCUCUGGAAUGCCCACAGUCAGAACCGCACUCUGCUGUUUGAGACUCAAAAGUAUCCAAUGGUUCAUUUAUUACAAAAAAAUGAUAACUCAUUUAACCAGGAACUGUUGAAAAGUAUGGUGAAAAGCAUUAAAAUGAAUGAUGUCUAUGGGCCCAUGAGUCAGAUUUUAGAAACACUGAAUAAGUGUCCACAUUUUAAAAGACAGCGGUAAGUCUUUCCCUCAGGUGAAUGGGUUAUUUCUCUAACCAGAUGUGUCCUGUUUGCUCCAUCAUGCUUAUGCUUACAUAGCAUGAAAGAGAACAUAGACGCUCUGAGGAGUCUAACGUUUUUCCCAUGUCUUUUGGUCCACAGGAGUUAUAUAGAGAAAUACUAUUUCUCUCACUGGUGGCACUGGGAAGAGAAAACAUUGAUAUAGAUGCGUUUGACAAAGAGUACAAGAUGGCAUAUGAUCGUCUCACACCUAGUCAAGUCAAGAGCACACAUAACUGUGACAGGCCACCAAGUACUGGGGUGAUGGAAUGCCGGAAAACCUUUGGAGAACCUUACCUUUAAGAUGUGUGUGUGUGUAUGUGUGUGUGUGUGUAUAUACAUUCAAUAUAUAUUGUAUAGUCAGUAUACAAAGGAACACUUUUAGACUCUAAACUUCACUUUUUGAAAAGGCAUUUGUAAAUGGAUGGGAAGGUUUAGGUCACUUGUGUACAGAAUGCUUCCGUAAGAGGACAGUGACAGAUAGGGAGAGAGCCACUUAUUUCCCGUUUCUUCCUUUGUUAGCUCCCUGUAGAGUAAGUAAGUACUUUGUGAUGAGGAAGUCUCUUUAAAAACUUGAUUGUCGGCCGGGCGGUGGUGGCGCACGCCUUUAAUCCCAGCACUCGGGAGGCAGAGCCAGGUGGAUCUCUGUGAGUUCGAGGCCAGCCUGGGCUACCAAGCGAGUCCCAGGAAAGGCGCAAAGCUACACAGAGAAACCCUGUCUCGAAAAACGAAAAAAAAAAAAAAAAAACUUGAUUGCCACAGAUUAGACAACUGUGUUAUGGUGUCUCUUAAAAGAGACAGGUAGGAAAAUCAUGUAUGGAACCUAAACAGAAAUGUGAGAUCAAAGUAUCUCCUGUUUUCAUGGACUAUUCAAAUGUUUUGACCAUGAAGUUGUAUUAUACAUAUUUUAAAUUGUUUAUAGUAAGUUGAUAUUUUUUUAAUUUUUAAAUUUAAUAUAGCAAACUUAAAAUGAAUUUAAACUUAUGAAACAAGUGUUUAUUUUCUUUGUCUCUGCUCUUUGAAGUAAUUAGCACAGCUGCAGAUCUCUAUAUGUAUAUCUACCUAUAUUUUUUUUAUUACUUGAGAGAAUGAAUUUUAGCACGUCAGUGCUGGUGUCAGCGUCCUCCUCGGAUUGCCUGCUAGCACCCCAAGUCUGACCACUGAGAGGGAGUGAUGGAAGGCAGGGCAUGAGCGCUGUGCAGGGAGUCAGACAGGGUGCCUAUGCCAUGGUCCAGUCUCCUCCAGUGUGAGUAGAUGCGAACAGUACCCAGGGAAAGUAGCUCACAAUCCAAAUAUCAACUUAAAUGUUAAUAUUCUAUAUGGAAACUUACAUAGGGAAAAUACGAUUGACAUCGGAUUCUUCCAAAUUUCACCCAAAAUAUUGGGUAUAAAGCAAAUUGUACUAUAAAAUAUGUAUGUGAAAUAUGUUUUAAUGGGGUAUUCUGUUAAUAAUAUGUAUAGAGAGAGAUUCAAAGUAUUUUUUGAAAGCAGAAAAAUAGUAACCGUCUAAAAGUACAGCCAGAGAGAAUUUCCCAUAUUGAGGAACUUAGCUUUUUCAACAAGCUUCAGAAUCUGAAGUUCAUGGAAUCUAAAAUGUAGAACUAUACAUAAUCAGACAAUAAAUUCAAUAUUCAAACACCAUGAGUAUUAAAUUGACUUUUAAAAUGUAUUUUUAGUUAUAUUAUUUCUAAGAUCGCUUUCUGUGAAUAAUUUCUCAUAAGGAAAAAGCAUCCUUUGUCCUUUAAAAUUGUUCAUGUCUUUUCAGUGUAUGUAUGUACAUUUGCAAAGGUUAUCAUUGAUAAAAGAGGGCUAGCCAUUUUACAAAGGAGAGGAAAGGGUGGUCCCAAACUUGGUGUUUAAAGCCAACAGACAUGAUGCUUGACCUGGAAAUAUCUUAGACCCCUGAGGCUCAGCAGUUUAGCCACAGAAAAGCUGCCUUUCAGUUCCUGCCACCACUGAGUAGCCAGGCUGAAGUGUUUCACGGCUUUUGCCUUCUGGCAAGUUGUGGAGAGAGCAUAAAAUGUGAAUCUUGAGUUCAGUUGGUUCGAGGCUGAACUUACUUACUUGAAAACACUGGUGCUAUGCACGUGUACCUGAGCUCCUGUCGGAUCCACCCAGCCUCACUCUGCUGUCCUGUUCCACAUUCCCCAAGUCAUGGGAAGCUGAGAAGGACACCCGAGAGAGGAGGCUGUUGGCGCUGGUGGUAAACAUCCCCUCACACAGGAUUUGGGUUCUCGUCUGUUUUCUUUUCCUUCCCUUGUGAGAGCAGCUCGCCCUGUUCCCUCCGGUUUCCGUAGUGCAAGCUGUGUAGGAAGUGAGUUUGACAGAGACAAAGCGGCUCUUCCUACUCACUCAGAAGGCUGAGCACGCUUUCUGUCUCCCAACCCUACCCUGAGUUCGUUUUCUGUCUCUGAAUAAAGUUGUGUUUCUCCUGCUUUUAAUCUCCAGGAAGUAUUAUUGUAUGAAGACAAUUUUUAAAAAUAAUAUCUAAAACAUGGAAUAGAACUCAGUCAGCCUUGCUCCAAAGAAAACUAGAGUAAGGAUCAUCUUUUGAAACAAUUUAAUACAAGCUGUUUUUCGGGUUUUUAUUGAACACACAUCUUGGAAAAUUGUGGCCAGUAGUGUUGGAGAGCAAUGUCCUUUUCCUCCACUAUCUAAGUUCUUAUUUCUCAUUCUUAGUUUUGCUUAUGUUUAAAUUGUUGGAAAUACACCAUGCUCAUGCUAGUAUAGUUUAAGACUCUUACUAGGUUUGAAUGUUAUUCUGUAUAUGUAUAUACUACUUUAAAUAUUCAGCAUUUUCCUCCUGUUGCCCGAUGUCACAGUACAUAGCUAUUCACCUUCUGAUUUUGUCUUUUUUCUUAACUUUUUUAUAACCUUUAAACCCCCGAAACUAUCACCUUAUCUAUAAUAAGGUUCUCUAGUAUGUCUUCUCAUUUUGUAUAUAGAGAAAUGACCCUGAAAAUGUUGGUUCAGCAUUUUAGGCAAUAAAUACUUAUUUUUACUUCA